AUGCGGCCAAUUUCAUCUGCUCUGAAAUUAAAAACUAAUGAUAGUUAAGAAAAACGACUGAGGAGUGCAGUCUAAUUCAAAUUAGUAGACUCUUAAAAGUAAGAAUUAGUGAAUAAAUUUGGAUAGAUUAAAGAAUGUACUUAUAAAGCAAUCACAAAAUUCCUAAUAGUCGUUAUCGCAACAAUCGAGAUUACAGAGUGGAACAACCUACAACACAACUCAACGAACUGGAUAUUCUACACACAGAAUGAAUGAAGCAGAAUAUGAUUCAGGUUCUAGCUCUGCUUUUAGAGGUCAAAUUAAAAUGAGAUCAACUUUUCAUUCAAGCAGAAAUAAUCUUAUAAGAAGAGUGGACUCACAAUUUAGUUUAGACAACAAACAAGACUCAUCGCCACAAGAAACCAAUAGAACUGCAAUACCAGCACCAAAAAAUAGACUCUUUCAAUAGGGUAGCAGAUCUCAAUAGAAACAAUUAAUUGUCACCUAAGAAAAUAUUGAUUCUAAUGAAGUGAAAAGGAGAAUGAAAUUCGAUCCUUAAGUCAAGCAAUAAGUUAUCUAUUUUAAAAUAUUGAAUAUAUCUAAUAUCGGAUUAAAAAAUUAUCUAUUUUACCUUUACAAGUAACAAAAACAUUUGAUGGACUUGGUCAAAUCCAAAGUUGAAACUUAAGUAAUAAUCGCAUUUCAAUUAGCUAAUUGAUUUCUCAUAACAAAUUUUAACAUUCUCCAUAGGAACCUUAUCUCCAAUCGCACUAAUUGAAACCCUUACUUUCGCAGCCUCUAUGCUCGAAUUAACAUCAUAACUUGACUGGGCCAUCUUUUAUCAUAAUUAAACCAGAAUUAUGGCUAAUUAUGCAAAAUAAACAAUGGAUAAAUACAAAAUGAAAUCUUUGAUUGGACUUGGAAAUUGUUCAAUCAAAAUGCAACAAUAUGAGAUUGGAAUCAAGUUCUUUAAGAAAUGUCUACAAUAUUCUUGGUUAAACAAUGACUUAGAUUAUGAAAAUGAAGUUUACACAAAAUUGGGUGUUUGCUAUUAUUACCUCGGAGACAUUGAAAAAGUAUAACUUUUAUUUAUUAAGUCUAAAUAUUAUCAUGAAAGAGCUAUUACUUAUGACUAUGAAAUUGAGAGUUCUCCUUUGCGUUAAAUGAGUUCAGAUACACUCAAAGUCUUCUUAAAUAAAAAUUUCAACAGAAAUUAUGCUGAAACCAUAAAUACUCCUCUCCUGAAUCGAUUAAAUCUACCUCUUCCUCAAGAUAUUUUGUCAAUCUCGUAAUAAGAAAUACAGAACGAAUCUCUCAUGAUGAUCAAUCCUAGAACCUUUAAUGAAUCCAAGACCUCAUCGACAAGAAGAAGCUCCAUUUUUGAAACCAACCCUCAUAUUAAAUUAUUCUCCACAAUGUAAGUUGAUGGAUUACGAAUUCAAUAAGAGAUUUUAUCAACUUAAGAAUUUGAAGUAGAAGUAUAUACUCCUAAACAUUCAUGUAAAACUUUGUGAUUUAAUAAUUUAAUAGUUAAAUCGGAAAGCAAGUGCUUUGAUUUUAUUAGAAAUAAAAAAAUACAUCCUUAAGAUAUUUUUCAUGAUAUCAAAUACAAGACUAAUCCUUUCAUUCUAUAAGAUCUUGGAGUGAUAAAAGGCUAAAAUGAUGAAAAUCCUAUUGAGAACCCUCAGAUAUAUAAAUUACCUUUGGAUCAACAAAUCGAUAUUCGACUGAAAAAGAAGAUAUAUGUGGACAUACAAACUAAAUUAAAGAAAUUGAUGGAUUACAAAUAUCAUACUAAAACAUAAAUGAAGAAUAAAAUUCUGGUAGUAAUUUAAAUUUAAUGAAGAUUACGCACAAAAAUGUUGAGAAUGAAAAAAGACAUCAUGCAGCAGAUUAAAUUAAAGUUCUUGAAAAUGUAUCAAAAAAUUUUGUAAAUCUUAUUGAAAAUUUGAUUAAUUUACAAUGA